AACGAACCAAUCGGAUUUGAGUGCGUGUAUUUGACGGAAAUUGAUAAACUAUCUUAACACGUCUUACGAAUUUAAAGUCAUUUUUCUGUGGUUUUCAUUGAAAAUUGUACAUUGUUCAUUUAAUAAAUCCUAAGAAAAUGCGGUUAAAUACUGCUAUUUUCAGUGUGGCUAUUUUAUUCGUUGCAGUUUCGGCGAAAAUUGAUCCACAAAACUUAAGAUGCUUAGUAUGCCGCCAGACCUUUGAAGAGCUCAAUAAGGCUAUUAAGGGCGUUGAAAAAUGGAAAAAAGUUGAUGUAGGUAACUUCAGAAUGGACUCCAGCGGCAACACAAUGCAACAAAAAGUACCCGCUCACCGCUCUGCUGUCUACAUCUCGGAACUUAUUGAUGGCAUUUGCAAGAAAAUGGAUGACUACGUCCGUGUGUACUACAAGGCGACCGGCAAGCUGGCCAUCAUACAACUGAUGACCCCGGAUGGUGGCAUGAACCCCGAAUCUUCCAAGACCAAGUUCGUCACUGACGAUGAUCUUAACAAGAGCUUAGAGUAUUAUUGUGAAAGAAUGUUCGAAGACAACGAGGAUGAAAUCACAGAUUUAUACAAAAACAGACCGGAAGACGAUGUCAUGCCGAAUGCGGAGAGAGAGAUUUGUUUCGAUCACGCGAAGUACUGUGAGGAGUGGAUGUUGCCCAACGAAAAUGACACCACGUGGACGCCUGAGAUGGAGGCCGAGUAUAUUAAGGUCCACGGACCCGAUCCCUACGGUUUCGGCGGAUUGCCCCAGACACAGUUUCACCAGCAGGCCCCCGACUCCGAUGGUUACGAUGAUACAGAUGAUGAUGAAGAGGAACUGGCCGCUGAGGAUACUCCUGAGGAACCACUGGCCAAGGAGGAACUGUAAAUAUGGGGCGUUUAGAUAGUUGUGAGUGUUCAAGGAUGCCAGUAUAUACAUAUAAUGAAUAGGAAGUAGGAAAUGAUUGUUUUUUUGUAUGUUGAAGAGAUUUGAAGAAACAUUUCAAGAAACUUUUUGAUUGUACCGGGCUUGCUGUGUGUUCAUUAGUUAGUUUAUAUAAUGAUUUAUUGGUAACCGUAAACAUACGUCAUUGUGACAUUACGUGUAGGAGGUUGCCAGUGCUUAAAUAUGAAGUAAAUUAUCUUUAUGCUUAAAGAACAUUUGUGUUGUUGUUAUUGAACAUUUCUCAAGGCCUUACCACAAUUGUAAUUUUGAAACUACUAACAGUUCGGUGGCUUUAAGUCACCCAUGACCAGUGUAUGCAAUGUCGUCGAAAUAUUUAAAAUGACAAUCGUGGUAAGUUCAGUGACAAAUGUUCAAAUUGGCUGUAACAUUUUAUAAAUUAAACAAGUUUAAGGUCAUAACAAUAAUCUUUACUUUACACCACUAUAAGAUAAAAAAAAAAAUACAUUUAGAUGAUGAUGUACAAAUGUCUUAUCGCUAAAAGAGUGAUUUCUUCCAGACAACUAAGGUAUAGGAGGAAAAAGGGUAAGGUAAAGAGUGAAGAUAGUGUAUUUUAACAAUAAAUGAUAAGAGAUCGCCAACAAGCUCUGCCGUUAUCGGUAUAUUGAACAUAAAUUUAUAAAAAUAAAUGGCAACGCAAUAUAAAUUAAUUGUUAAUAACUUUAUUUUAAUACUUUAUACUUUUUUUUUAAAAGUUAAUUCUGUAAAAUCUCAUUCCAAGUUUUUAUUACUGUUUUUCAUCCAUGUUUCCUCAAUAAGGCAUAUUUUUCUGUUUUUUUUUUUUUUAUUCACUAUUGAUAUAAAUACAAGUUCAUGUUUGUGUUCAAAAUAUUAUUAAAGAUGUGCCUUCUUCAUAUAUAUAUAAGAGAAGUGUGUUUUGAGGUUUAAAGUAUUGUUAUGAAAUUGUCAAUCGUCGGAUCGAAAUUGAAUGUAUUAAAUCGCGUUUUA